GUGACCGGUCACGGCCGCCACCACAUCCGGACAAAAAGGUUCAGCGGCGCGCAUCAAAAGUUACAUUUGAUCCUAUAGUGGUUCUCAAGAUGGACAAAAACAGAGUGGAAGCAUUACCAGAGGUAGCUGAGCAGGAUGCAAAUGAGAUUUGCAAUGCCAGAUCAAAAACUAGCGAACGUCAAAUCAUUUCUAAAUCACCUGAAAAUACAAAGCCCACAUCAACGAAACAAAAGGUUUUCACCGUAACAUCUGUCAUAACUAAAACCACAACAGAUCGGAGCCAUCAAAGCGAGGAGACAUCAAACAACGACCCAAGCUCACUCCUCGAAUACAGAAAACGUAAAGAGGUGACCACCCAGCGGGAACAAGGCAUGGGGAAGAACCUCCAGGAUAUAGCGGAGCACGAACCUCGUUGCAAGAUGCUGACUCAGCAGCCGACAGCAGACGAUGGUGAGAAUCAGUCUCCUUCAUUCGAUCAUAACGACCAGGAGUGUUGCCAAGAUGUGGACGCAGCAGCCCAGCUGUCAGUGGUAGGUCGUCAGUGCCGUAUGAGCCCGCGCAGCCCUGCUAAGAAGAUGAAUGCAGUGAAGUCAGGAAAAAUUAAUGCCUUUGAAGACAGCAAAUCGUCGAGUGCUGUUCCUCCAAACAGCAUAUAUCAACAACCAGACCAAAUAGGGAAAUCUGAAACUGCAAAACCUGCAAUGUCAAACGGUCAAAAUCAAACAUCAAAAUGCGUAUAUGAAGAGAACAAGGAUAAAUACUUUCAAACUUCGCCUUUAAAAGAUAGAGCAGCCAACUUUUCUGUCAGCAGCGCCACGGGUUUUCACCCACAAGACACGACGGGAUGCUGUAACGAACCGUUUAUGCCAGCGCCUUCGAACGAAAAUGUGUUUCCCAAUGACCAGGCAUCCGAUGCCGCGCAGAGUAUUCACAGCGAUAAAAUGGGCCAGACUCCCGCUGUGGAAUGUGGUGCAUCGCGACAAAAUACUGUAGACGCAAACGAAAGACUUGCACCGAAGAAGGAAGAAAGCUUGAGGGAUACUGCUAAAGAUGAUCAGAAAGCAUUCUUCAUCGAUAUUACUACCGGUGAAAGUUGCACAAUUGAAUCUCUGUCGUCUGAUUCGUCCCGUUUCCGAGGAAACCGAACGCUAUUCCUUCGACAGCUACUCAGUCAACAGAAAAUCGACGAAGCUGAGCACAAAACAAAAACAAAAUCUCCACGACCAGCCCGCAGACGAUCGGCUAGUCAGGGCAGAGUAGAAAAUGUCGAGAGGGGGAUGGACGCCCGUCUUCAUAAGGCCAGUAAAACGAAACAGCAUUUACCAUUACUACGAAGUGGAGAGCGUACCGAAGUGCCAUUCGUUGUACCAGCUCAGCCAUCGGCACAUUUUGACCUCAGAUGCUACCGAAACCAUGACUGUGCAGGCGAACCGCAUGGGUCACCGCAGCUUAGGAGACGUAAUGCCACUGAAAGACAGUACUAUAUAGAGCACUGGAAAGGAGGUAACAUUUGCAGAGCUCAGAGCUCCAGCAUAGCCCCUGAAUCCUCGCUGCAACUUGAGCCACAGCUCGACGCCAGAGGUCAUCACGUGUCACCGGCGGACGGUUGGACAAGUCGAUGUUCCUCGGGUCAUCACCAAUGCGUUAGGUCGCAUGCCGAUAACCAUGCAAGUGCGCCCUGUGCUCUACAAGCCCAUACCGGCCAUAGCCAGGUAAUGAGCGAGGACUGUGUUCAUUCAGUAUCCACGAUCACAAAGCAUGAAACACCGUGGUGUUUUUGGUCCAGCUCAUGCGACCCUAAAGAAAUAUUUGCUCAACACCACCACCACGGCUCUGGGCCAUCAGAUCGUAGUCUUGGGAAGUCUUCUCGACACGUGUCGGCCAGUGAUGCCGAGGUCCAAGAUAUGUCAACGUUCGGACAAGCUGAUGGCGAAUCACAGCCAGGAACAGAUUCGUUGCAUACAGACACAAGACAUAAACCCCUUACUACUGAUGAAUCGCGUGCAGAAAUAACGGGUCCGCAUCUUUAUAAUGACCGUCUUUCGAAGGAUCCCUAUGCCGAUCACCCAAAAGAAUUCGUGCCCUUGUCUGACGCUCAGCAGCUUCUAAGCACGGAGGAACGACCGGAAGAUGAAACAAGCCGGCAAAGGAUGACUCUCGGACCCACGACCCUCCUGACAAUGGAUGAAACCACUUCACAGAUAGACAAGACAGGCCCUGUGCUCCAGAACACCGCAGUCUCUAACACAUCACCACCUGAAGGAUCUGGAGCUUCCAAUCUCCUCAGCCAAGCUCAGCCACGCGACCAAAAACGUCCUGGAGCUAAUGAAGGAAAGCCGAGGGUCUCCCUGCUAGGCCGGGGGCAGAGGGUCGCAUCUAGAGGUCUUCCCUCCGCAGACGCGAAGAACUGGACGAGUGUGACGCUGGUGUCGCCGCAGAACAUGGAGAUGACAUUCUCUCUGAGCACACAUCUGCCCGACAUCGGCGACCGACGCGGCCAGAGCCGACCACGUCAGCGGGCCAGCAGCAACAACAGCGGCCUGGGAGAUCCCGCCACCCCAUCGCAGCACCGAUGAGGCACACGAUGUCGCGUCUGAAAGUUCCGCGCGGGAAACAUCUGGCUACAGCAGCACCAUCGAACGUCGCCAGCCCCACUGCCGAGCGUGGACCAGACGGCAGCCGUGUCGUUCUCGUGGUGUUCUUUCCUACAGCUAUCAGCUGCCUGCAGUGCAGUGUCCCGUGAUGUGAGUGAUGAUUGCUAGCUUUGCGCUACUGUCGUUCACAGCUAAUGCCGUCCACGACUAGUACUAUAGGGUUACCAUUAUCGACAAAUGAGAGCAGGAAAACAAAUGAAUUGGGGAAAUAUAAAAAGAGAGCGUUAACAAAUUGAAAGACGAAUGGAAGACUAGACGAUGUAACAUGUUUUAUUGUGGUGUGAAAGUGUAUACAAAUAUGUCGUGAAUCUUCGGCAAAGGGGCAGCAUUGGACCAGAUUGGCGCUGUGGACUUGUUCGUCAAAAUUUUCAGUAACACUCACUAGGUCGAUGUUAUCCAUUCGAUCGGUAUGUCAGGUUUAGCACUCACAAAGAACUGAUUUCCAACCGCAAACAUAAUAAACGACAAUGACCGGUGUA